UCAAUCUACUGUUUGUUAGCUCCAAUACAUACACCCGCUAAUAUCUAUAAAACCAAUUUAUUGUCAAUAGUAUUAAAAAAAAAACAAAUAGUCGAAAAGGGUUCAACAUUGUAUCGUUGCUGCCUUAGUCUUGAUUUUCAACUGUAUCAGUUUCAUUUAAUAAAAAGAACCACAAAAUGGAGGAAAACAUUGAAACAGACUUGUACGAAAGUCCUCCCAAAAAAAUGAAAACAGAAUGGUCACGAAGCUAUUCAAAUAAAGCCAUGGAAAUGAUGAAAAAGAUGGGUUAUGAAACGGACAAAGGUCUUGGAAAGCAAAGUCAAGGUCGACUUGAACCAAUAGUAGCAUUUCAACAAGAUGGUAGAAAAGGCUUAGGCUUAAAGCAGGGCACCUUUCUAGCUUUGAGUGACAAGUGGGACAUAAGUUCAGAAGAAAUCCUUAUUCCUGAAGAAGUUUCUUGGAUUUCAAGCCCGUGCGCUUUCCCAUUCACGCUAGAACACCUCUUGACUUUUAUAAAAUACGGCGCACAUAAGAGAACUUUGGAAGGUGAAACACAAUUCGUGGAGCCGGAUAUAUUAGAGGGAAUACUUGAUGCGAAAAACGUGUUUGAUAAUCUUAAUGAAGUUGAUUUAAGAAGAGCCCGCUCGCGCAGUAAUCCUUUUGAAACUAUACGUAGUUCAAUAUUUCAAAAUAGAGCAGCAGUUAAAAUGGCAAAUAUUGAUUCGAUGUUGGACUUUAUGUUUACCAACCCUAAAGAUAGCACAGGCCUUACGCUAAUACAAGACAAUGAUUUACUCUACUUUGCAGAUAUUUGCGCAGGCCCUGGAGGAUUUUCCGAAUACAUUCUAUAUAGAAAAUCAUGGGAAGCUAAAGGUUUUGGUUUUACGUUAAAAGGGCCAAAUGACUUUAAAUUGGACAAAUUUUUUGCUGGAUCUCCCGAAUCAUUCGAUCCCUAUUAUGGAGUAAAUAAUGAUGGCGAUGUUUACGUGGAAUCAAACCAAGAUUCUUUCAAUAGUUAUAUACGCAAGCAUACUAGCGAAGGGGUGCAUUUUGUAAUGGCUGAUGGUGGGUUUUCGGUCGAAGGAGAAGAGAAUAUUCAAGAAAUACUUUCUAAACAGCUUUAUCUUUGUCAAUGCCUAACAGCGCUAAAAAUACUUCGCAACAAAGGAAGUUUUGUGUGUAAAUUGUUUGACAUAUUUACACCAUUUAGUGUAGGCCUGAUAUAUUUAAUGUACAAAUGCUUUGAACGUAUUUCAAUUAUUAAACCAAACAGCAGUCGCCCGGCGAAUUCCGAGAGAUACCUUGUCUGUCAGUGGAAAAAAAAUGAUACACAUACGAUUAGCCAUUAUUUAAAUCACAUCAAUAACAUUUUGAAUCAGAACAAUGAUGAAGAUGUACUCGAAAUUGUUGAUUUGGAUCUUAUAAGAGCUGAUACAGAUUUCUUCGAUUACAUUAAGAAAUCGAAUGAUGCAAUUGGAAAAAAUCAAAUUCUGGGGUUAAGAAAAAUUACCGCAUUUUGUAACAAUACACAGCUUAAAGAAAUGAGACAAUCAGAGUGCCGAAGGAAAUGUCUUGAUUUGUGGAAUUUGCCGGAUAAAUUAAGACAAGCUCCAGAAAAUAAGUCCAUUGAAAAGUUUGUUGAGGAGUUUCUUUGCGACUGGUUUGAUGAUAAAGCCUUUUUUCACUCAUCGUCAGACGAAAUUUUGUCCAUAGAUGAUUUAUGCAAAAAAAUUGACAGUGUGUAUGACUGGUUUUUUGUACCAGUAGGAAGAAGAGAAACAAACGCAAAUGCUAGUAGUUUCUUUAUUUGUACGACCAGGGGCAAAUUAUUGCGGUAUACUGAUAUGCGGAAAUGGGAACCAGUUGACCAUAUGUUUGAGAUAUCUCCCAAAUCACUUUUUUAUGGAGAAUUAGUGUUUGAAUACAGCGGGGAAGGUCGAACACAAACAAGAAUUUGUUGCCUUCAUAUUAUUGACGGCAUUCUUUUGGGAGGAAAAGAUAUACGUAGGUUACCUUUAAGUGAACGUUCUAAAAUGUGUGAAAAGUUUGCUAAAAGUGUGAAUAAACCGUAUAAAGAAGGCAAUGUGCUCAUAGUUCGCAGCAAAAAAUUGUUUAAGCUGAGAGAACUAGAAAACUUUUUUAUGGAAAUGCGACAUUACACAUUAAAAGAUAAUUCUUCUCGCCUAGGUAUUUCUUUAAAUAACGAGAAUAGCAAAUUUUUCGUACCUGGUGGUUUAUUAUUACUGUGUGAGAUAUGUCACAAUUUUUCAUCAAAGAUGUCCAAGUCACGGAACGUGUUAUAUUACGUAGAUAAAAUGAAAAAAGUAUCUUACUAUAAAGAUCAAAUGCCAACCGAGGUGCACAAUAUUCUGUAUGCUUCAUUUCGUAACACUUUUGCGAGAAGAUUAAUUUGGAAAUGGACCAACACAUGUCAGGUGGAGGAGCACAGUAGAAGAGUGGAUGAUAAGGUUUUGUAUCGGGAUGACCUUAAACACUUUAUUUUUAAUAGAUAAAAUUAAAUAAAUGUAAUAUAAUGAAUAAAAAUAUAUUUUUUAUUAAAUACCAA